GCAGCCACGUCCCCCCCUGGAUCCGCCGGCAGCCGGGGCCGGGGCUUCCGACAUGCCCCCCAGGAGAGUGUGCUGGGCAGACGAUGCUGGACACGAUGGAGGCGCCGGGCCACUCGAGGCAGCUGCUGCUGCAGCUCAACAACCAGCGCACCAAGGGCUUCUUGUGCGACGUGAUCAUCGUGGUGCAGAACGCCCUCUUCCGCGCCCACAAGAACGUGCUGGCGGCCAGCAGCGCCUACCUCAAGUCCCUGGUGGUGCAUGACAACCUGCUCAACCUGGACCAUGACAUGGUGAGCCCAGCGGUGUUCCGCCUGGUGCUGGACUUCAUCUACACCGGCCGCCUGGCUGAUGGCGCGGAGGCGGCGGCCGCAGCGGCUGUGGCCCCGGGGGCUGAGCCGAGCCUGGGCGCCGUGCUGGCCGCCGCCAGCUACCUGCAGAUCCCCGACCUCGUGGCGCUGUGCAAGAAGCGCCUCAAGCGCCACGGCAAGUACUGCCACCUGCGGGGCGGCGGCGGCGGCGGCGGCGGCUAUGCACCCUACGGGAGGCCGGGCAGGGGCCUUCGGGCCGCCACGCCCGUCAUCCAGGCCUGCUACUCAUCCCCGGCCGGGCCUCCGCCACCGCCCACCGGCGAGCCGUCCGCGGGCCCCGAGGCCGCAGUGAACACGCACUGCGCGGAGCUGUACGCCUCGGGCCCCGGCCCGGCCUCCACCCUCUGCGCCCCGGAGCGCCGCUGCUCCCCGCUCUGCGGCCUGGACCUGUCCAAGAAGAGCCCGCCGGGUUCCGCGCCUUCCGAGCGGCCGCCGGCCGAGCGCGAACUGCCCCCGCGCCCAGACAGCCCUCCCAGCGCCGGCCCCGCAGCCUACAAGGAGCCCCCGCUCGCCUUGCCGCCGCUGCCGCCGCUGCCCUUCCAGAAGCUGGAGGAGGCCGGCCCGCCUCCGGACCCGUUCCGCGGCGGCGGCGGCAGCCCGGGACCCGAGCCCCCGGGCCGCCCCGACGGGCCCAGCCUCCUCUACCGCUGGAUGAAGCACGAGCCAGGCCUGGGCAGUUACGGCGACGAGUUGGGCCGGGAGCGCGGCUCGCCCAGCGAGCGCUGCGAGGAGCGCGGCGGGGAACCGGCUACCUCGCCCGGGGUGCCCCCACUAGGCCUGGCGCCGCCUCGAUACCAGGGCAGCCUGGACGGGCCAGGCGCGGGCGGCGACGGCGACGACUACAAGAGCAGCAGCGAAGAGACGGGCAGCAGCGAGGACCCCAGCCCGCCCGGCGGCCACCUGGAGGGCUACCCGUGCCCGCACCUGGCGUAUGGCGAGCCCGAGAGCUUCGGGGACAACCUGUACGUGUGCAUCCCGUGCGGCAAGGGCUUCCCCAGCUCGGAGCAGCUGAAUGCGCACGUGGAAGCUCACGUGGAGGAGGAGGAGGCGCUCUACGGCAGGGCCGAGGCUGCUGAGGUAGCUGCGGGGGCCGCCGGCUUGGGGCCCCCUUUCGGAGGCAGUGGGGACAAGGUCGCUGGGGCUCCGGGCGGCCUGGGCGAGCUGCUGCGGCCGUACCGCUGCGCGUCGUGCGACAAGAGCUACAAGGACCCGGCCACGCUGCGACAGCACGAGAAGACGCACUGGCUGACCCGGCCCUAUCCGUGCACCAUCUGCGGGAAGAAGUUCACGCAGCGCGGGACCAUGACGCGCCAUAUGCGCAGCCACCUGGGCCUCAAGCCCUUCGCGUGCGACGCGUGCGGCAUGCGCUUCACGCGCCAGUACCGCCUCACCGAGCACAUGCGCAUCCACUCGGGCGAGAAGCCCUACGAGUGCCAGGUGUGCGGCGGCAAGUUCGCCCAGCAACGCAACCUCAUUAGCCACAUGAAGAUGCACGCCGUGGGGGGCGCGGCGGGCGCGGCCGGGGCGCUGGCGGGUCUGGGGGGGCUACCCGGCGUCCCUGGCCCCGACGGCAAGGGCAAGCUCGAUUUCCCCGAGGGCGUCUUUGCCGUGGCCCGUCUCACGGCGGAACAGCUGAGCCUGAAGCAGCAGGACAAGGCAGCCGCGGCCGAGCUGCUGGCGCAGACCACGCACUUCCUGCACGACCCCAAGGUGGCGCUAGAGAGCCUCUACCCGCUGGCCAAGUUCACCGCGGAGCUGGGCCUCAGCCCGGACAAGGCGGCCGAGGUGCUGAGCCAGGGAGCGCACCUGGCCGCCGGACCCGACGGCCGGACCAUCGACCGUUUCUCCCCAACCUAGAGCGCCUCUUGCCGGCCCGCCUUGUCGUCGCCGUCGCGUGGCCACCCCCGGCCCGUGCCCCCCAGGGGACGGCGGCGGCGGCAGAGAGCAGGCACACCGCGCCCGGGACAACUGUAGUAGCAGCGGCAGCGUCGCCGCCGUGGCGGCGGCCCCACCUGGCCUCACUGCUUUGUGCCUUA